AUGGAAGGAAGUCAUCAAGAGAUGCAGCUCUUCUCCUGCGCCGCCGCAUCUCCUCUGUCGGCGGAGAGGCUAUCAAAGCCGGCCGAUCACGAUCCGCCGCUGGACCUCCAGCUGUCCAUAAGCCUGAGCACGCCGGAGCGCGCGGCGAUGAGGAAGAUGAGGGCUCCACCGAGCUGCGUGGAGGCUCUCCGGUGGCAGGCGGCGGAGCAGAUUCGGCUGGCGACGACGGAGAAGGCGUACGCGGAGCGCGUGAGGGAGCUGACGCGGAGGGAGAUGGAGAUGGCGCAGUCGGAGUUCGCACGCGCGCGCGCCAUGUGGGAGAGAGCGCGCGAGGAGGUGCAGAGAGCCGAGAGGAUCAAGGAGAGGUUGGAUUCCAUCUCCGCCACGUGUCACUCCUGCGGGAGCCAACAACGUUAG